AUGGUUAAUGAAAAAGGUAUUACACCAUGUCCAGAAAAAGUAAUUGUUAUUAAUGAUAAAUCGGUAUCAAAUAAUAUAAAAGCACCACCAUCUUUCUUCAAAGUGGCAGAAUAUGACUGGAAUCAUAUAACUAAUUUCUCCACAUUAGCCCAAUCAUUAUUCAAUUUAACAGAGAAAAAUGCAAAAUUCAUAUGGGGUGAUGAACAACAAAAUGCAUUCGAUAGAACUCAACAAUUAUUAAUAUCAAAACUACUGCUUCAAUUUCCUGAUUCAAACCUACCAUAUAUUAUUCAGGAACGUUUGGCGAUAGAGUUCAUAGAUCCAAUAACAUCAUCAUCUUCAAUAGGAAAUGAAUAUAUAUUAGUUAUUACUGAUUUAUUAUCCAACUAUGUUAUUAUAAAAGAUACACAUGAUAAUUUAGCUUUACCUGUAUCACAAAUAUUAAUUGAUAAUAGUACACAUCUCAUCGCUAAAUUAUUUAAUGCUAUUAUGUCUUUAUGUGGUGUUUGUCAUAUAUUUACCACACCUUAUAAUUCUCAAUCAAAUGAUGUUUGUGAACUAUUUAAUGUAUCAAUAUGUAACAAUAAAAGAAUCGAUUGGCAUGAACAAUUAUUGAAAGUGAUAUUUGUAUAUAAAACCAGCCGUCAUGUUAGUAUAAAAUGA